AUGUCUGAUGAACAUUUUAAUACAUCAACAUCAAACAUUAAUAAAAGAAUUAUGACAUAUAAUGAAACGCCUAGAAGAAAAACUUCUAUGAUUGAAAGUAUAUCAUCAUUGAGAAAUAAAAGUUUCAUACUUAACCAUUUAUUUGAACAAAAUCGAAAGUCAUUUAAUAAUAAUAUGACAUCCACGUGUGAAGAACAGUAUUACAAUACAAAUUUAUCUAAUAUGGAAAGCCCAUCGUGUAAUUUAAAAGCUGUAACAAUUGCAAAUCUUGGUGUUAGUAAUAUAAAAUGUCUUCUAGGAAAAUCUACACCAGUUGUAUUAAAUAAAUCUAAUGAUGUUAAGAAUCAAAAAAUAUAUUUAAAAAAAUAUAAAUUUCCUCAAAGGAUAUGGCCUAUAUGCAAUAUUAUCAAUAAUUAUAUAAAACAAGAUAAUAAAAUUGACCAAAUAUCAGAUAUUAUUGAAAAAUUACUAAAAUAUGUAUAUAAAGAUUGUGGAUUUUUUCAUAAAGAUACUGCUGCUGUAUUAUUACUUUCUUCUCAAGUUCACUAUAAAUUAAAAUUUUAUAAAACAGCAUUAUUGUCUGCAGAACGGGCUUUAGAAAUCUUUCAAUUUCUUCAUGGAGAAAUAUAUAUUGGAUGUUGUGUUACUUAUCAAUUGAUAGCUAUGAUUUGUAAAACAAUUAAUGAUAAAAAAGGAUCCAUGUAUUGUUUAAAAAAAGCCAUUAGUAUAUUAAAAAUUAUUUUUGGUUCAACAUACUUGGAAAUUGGAAAAUUACACAAUAAUAUUGGUGUAUUAUUUGAAGAAGAAAGAAUGUUUUCAAAUGCUAUUGAAAAUUAUACAAUAUCACAACAAAUUUUUAUAAAACAAGAAAAAGUUAAUAAUAUGUAUAUAUUUAAUGUUGAAGUAAAUAUUUUAAGAGCCUCAUACCUUCAAUUUUUAUUUAAUAAAGAAACUUUGAAGACCAAAGUUUUUCACUUACUUGAAGAAUUAAAAAAAGAAUUGUUAUCAUCAGACCUUUAUGAAGUAUUUGAUAAUUAUUUAAGUGAAGAACAAAAAAUUAAUUUUAUUGCUGAAAAUAUUAAAAACAAUAAUGAUACAAAUAAUGUACUAAAUAAUCUUAAAAAAUUAAUAAUAUAUUAUCUUAGAAAUAAUGAGAAUGAAGAUAAGAAUAAUAAGAAUUUUUCUUAUAUAUAA